AUGGAGAAGUUCCAAAAGCGGUUAGGUGUCUCUUCUAGUUCAGUUCGAGAGGGAGAAGAUAGGAUAAGCUUAUUACCUGAACAGUUGUUAUGUCACAUACUCGGCUUUCUCACCACCGAAGAAGCUGUUUGGACAAGUGUUUUGUCUUCUCCAUGGAGUCAUCUCUGGAAAUCGGUUCCCAGAUUAGAGCUAGACAGCUCUUCUUUCGCUAGCGACAGAGUCUGCGUCGAUUUCAUCGACGAGUUUCUUGCUUUCCAAGGCAAGCCCUACUACUUGCGUGAGUUCAAGCUAACCAUUGACCACGACGUCUUCCACAGCGACGUCUCUCUUUACGAGCCGUGUCUCGGUAGAGUGGAUAUGCGGAAGAUGGAACGUUACCAAGUGGAGAAUCGAUUCGAACAACUCAGCGUCGACAACAUCGCGACGCCGCCCUUGACGCUCUCCGCGUGCGAGGCCUUGGUCUGCUUAAAACUCCAUUUCGUCAGGCUGAACGAGUUCGUGUCUCUUUCCUUGCCCUGUCUCAAGACCAUGUACUUGGAAGACGUUGUUAUGCCUAGCGACGCGGCUGCGGAGGCGCUGAUCUCCUCCUCUCCUGUUCUUGAAGUCUUGAAAAUAAGCGUGAGCGUAGAUGAUGCUGUGGUGGCGUUACGCGUCUGCUCCAAGUCGCUAAAGAGCUUCGCUCUAAAAGGAGUGGAACGUUUCUACGUUCGUGGGCGUUAUUCAGUAUUGAUUGAUGCACCCAAACUCGAGCAUCUGAGUCUGAUGGAUUACUACCAUUUCAAAAGCUUUAAGAUAAUCAGUGCGGCUGACUCUUUCAAGGUUGAGAUUGAUGUCGAGUUUGUGCUGAUGAGAGGUUACUUGUCGGAAACGAAGAUGAUCUAUAAUCUUGUCAAGAGUUUUUCAGGUGUUGAAGAUAUGACCAUAUCAUGGACAUCUCUCAAGUUUAUAUAUAGUAGUUUCCAUCAAAUGAAACGACCUCCCAAGUUUCAUGACUUGACUGUUUUGCGUGCCACCAUGUGCUUAUACGCAUCCCCUAAACUAUUGCCAGUCGUUCUUGAGAGCUGCCCCAAUCUUAAACACUUGACACUGGAAUUGGUUAUUGAUGAUUCUACGGAUCCAGUGAGUAUUAGAAUCUCCACCGUGCUGCCUAGUUGUUUGGUGUCGUCUCUCGAAUCUGUUGAAAUUGAAAGCCCGGUCACGGAGAAAGCUAUAGAACUGAAGCUGGCUAGAUACUUUAUGAAGAACUCGACUACACUCAAGAAGCUCGUGCUGCGUUUGAAUGAUUGUACACUCGAACCUUGUGUCUUGGAACAACUCGUGGAAAAAUCAAGGCGCUAUGGUUUGUCUCAGUUCGAAGUUAUUCCAGUGGUUCCAACUCCGAAUCCAUGGCCUGAGGGGUAUGUUUAUGAAAAAUCACGUAGGUGA